CACAACGAGAGCGACCACUAAGAGACAUGAGGGGGACCAUAACCAAGACCAGUCGAUGAAGAUAGGAAGCUUGAUUGGAGAGUAUUCGUUGUCCUGUUCGACGUGUUCGUUGUCUUAUUCUUUUCACGAGGUGUUAAAAUCGCGGAAAUUAAUCAAGCAAAAAAGUCCAGACGUCGACGACCUGGCUUGAAGAGAAUACUUAUCAAAAAUAAAUGUUACUUGCCCGAAGUAAACCUGAAAUAAUACCGCUUCACAGGACUCAAUUUAUGUAGUAAAUUAUACACAUGAUCCACAUAUUACUUAUGAAUAAGUGACUGGAUACCCUUCUCUUUCUCAUCCCCCAAUUUAAACUGACUCCCAUGCUAUGGACUAUGUAAAUCUUCAAAAGUUGUAUAUCGAUAUCGAUUGUAGUUUCCCCAUCGACACGAAAAUCGUUUCGAGAUCGGCAAAAUCUUGUUGUCGUUGCCCGUAACACUAUGAGUUCGUUGUCUUCUCCCUAUUGAAUGCCAAGUCUUGAGCUUGGAUUGUAUUAUCGGGAAAACGUUGCCUCGACAUGAUGUAGACGAUCAUGGUCAGUUGUAAGUGUGAAGAGCUAAACUACCGAGUUAGACAUUGACCACACUGGAAAGAAGUACUUAUUAUAAGUACUAGAUCGUCAUCAACAUCCUGAUUCUUCAAACUGAUAAUCCACUAUCUAGCGUCUGGUGCUUCUCAAUGAGAGAGACCGAAGAAUGGCGGACGACGUCAUCGGGAGGUACUUUGCACACCCGCCUACGCCGUCCGUGAGCUCGGAUGAGCCGUUCGUGGAUGCCUCGGUGGAUCCGUGCAGUCAUGGGGAACGCGCGUUGGAGGACAACGAGAGUGCGGGGCGACACGAUGAGGGCUCUUCACCUAGAACACGAAAGAUCCAAUCUUCAUCCACUACACCAGUCGCGGGUACAAGAACUGCAUCAUCAAUCAUGCAGGAGCUAAGCGGCAAAUAUUUGCGUGUCUAUCGCCGUAGGAAGCGACGGAAGCGCCAGGAUCUUCCGCCUGAUCCAGUCGAGGAGUUUUCGUCUUUGGGUGAUACUGGCGGAAUAUAUCCAGCAGACGAGGUGCUGGAGCUCGACUGCUCAUGCGAAGAAGUACUAGAUGACGCGCCUGCUGCUGCUCCGCCACCUAUAAUGUUGCAUGAUCAGGUAGCUGCGGACUCCUGCGGCAAUAUGCCAUCUUCUUGGCAGCGGGUCGCCCCACGAUGCGCCGCGAGAAGAAGACGAAAGUCUCUGGAGCAAUUAGGGGCCGCUCGAUUUGCUCUUUGGCCGUCUUCAUCGAUGACUAAGAACAGGAGCGACGAUUUUUCUGCAGACUACAGUCCGUCUUCAACAUCAUCAGCUGAUUCGCUGACUAGAACAGUUUGGAGAACAAGUUGUACACCAGAAAGUAGUGCGAAUCGCUCGUCCAGCACGCUCAAAAGGAGUCGCAAUAGAACAACGCCGAGAUGUCCUCCGGACCUACGAGCUGAAGGAACUGGGUGGACUCGGCUCUGGCACUGCGGAUUAGCUAGAAAAGCACCCUCAGAUGUGACUCUGGUCUUGAAAACAGGGUGGGAUGGAUUGCUGUCGUUGCAGAAGAACCUGGUGCGGUGUAGAAGACGUAAAGGCGACCUUCCGUUCUUUGCAAAAUCACAGCGACACCGCAGAAGCGAAAACCAGUUUCUAGAUCGCACAAACCGGUUCUCUGACGAGAAAAUGCCACCCUCGUCGUCGGAUCAUCGAGGUCCCGGUCAACACCUAGGCCGCUUUCUUGGCGUAUGGCUGCUCCUUUGCGUUUCAUUCGCAACUACAUCCCCGCCUGAAGAUGCGCAUCCACACCUCGUGCGGACGACAUACAAGCUUACGGAGCCAAUCAACGCGGAGGUAGAUGGUAGAAAAACAGCGUUUACCCAGGUCGCAGAGCAACCACUCGCCUCAGCACCUACUGCACAACAUGAAUCCUCUAUGAAGUCUACUCCCCAACAUGCAGGAGUGCAGGCAAGAGAGCGGCGGUUGCACGAGAAGGCGGCAACAGCGCCGAGAAGGAUCUUGGACGAGGCGUCCGACAACAUCGUGGCGCAGCGCAUUCGGCGCGAGACAGCAGAAUAUGAUCGACCCAAGAACGCGCAAGCCUCCACGACAGGGGGUUCGCAUGAUUCAAAUGGGCUUCUACAGCGCCACUUUGCGCAUAACGCCGACCUUUUUGAACAGCGGAAAGACGGUUCCAUAGUGCAGCGCCAUGACGGGAAAGAAGUCGCGCCACCGACGGAGCCGAAAGCUCGCGAGCGGCGCGACCUAGAGAUGGGGAAUCGUCGCGCUCUGCUUGCAAGUAUCGACGAAAAAACCGGUAAAAUCAAGGACCGCGAUGCCCAUAGGAAAGCUGCGAACGAAAUUCACCGAUUCAACGUGGCAGAGCGCCGCAGACUGUCUGCUGCUGGCGCAGUCGACCCGAGCGGCGAAGUAUCAGAUGAAGCUCUAGCUGAAGAAGGUAAUCAGAACGCUCACGGAGGUGCGAAUACGCGUCAGCUUGCCACAGCUUCCACAGAGGGAAGCAUCAUCUACCCAGAGUUCGUCAAGCAAGAAGUGUGUCGAGGAAUGGACGAACGCCGACCAGGUUACUACUGCGGAGAGCGAUGGGGAAUCACGAACAUCGUCAAAGUCGAAGAUCAAUGGUACAACAAAAAGUUCUUUUUUUAACGUCAAAAAUCUAGGUCUUUCUACUUUUCAUUCAAGAUACUCGUUCUCGUAGUUGCUCGUACCUCUUUUUUUUUUACUUAGAAUGAUGAUAGGAAACUUUAAGCUUGUGAGUUUCUUUAUCAAUCAGGAAAAUCAACGAGUUGGAGUUCUUUUGGGAUGCGCAUUGUACGAAUCCUGUAGUCGGUGUAUCCAAGCAGCAGUCCUUCUCCGACGAGACAUUUUCGAACGAGGACACGAGUGCACUCGCAUUUGACGGAAACAACAAGACCAUGUACACGGCGAACUGUCGAGCAUCUUUGAGCGGAUGCCCCGCGUUCAUUCCCGGAGUCCAGGGCCAGCGCAUCGACAACGAGGGACGCCUAAACACGGUGAUCUACAAGCAGCUAGUGCGGGACGACGAAGUGCCGGAUCUGUUCGGCAAUGUGAAGCUGUAUGAUCCCGCAAAGACCACGGUGACACAAGACGGAGCGAUCAAAUGUGUACGCAUUUUCCAGUCUCCCAUCACGACGGAGCAAGCGUACCGCAUCGGUGUCGUCUUUUGGGAUACGCUGCAAUGGGUGAAGUACGACGAAUUCGACUCCUUAGCGGGUGGCGGCUGGCAGUCGCGCCCCGCAGGCUCGAUCACGAUAUGGAAGCUCACGAACGGUAACCCAACCGCGUCGCCAUGGACCGUGAACGAGCUGUAUUUCUACGGUGAUCGACGCUGCGACUACGUUUUGAGCGGGAUCCCAGUCGGGACCGAGAACGUGCGUGAAUUGCCACAGUGUCACGAAGCGGGCACGUGUGACGACACUAGCGUGGAGAAAAUCCGCGAUGGGGAUAUCACAACGGCUUUCAAAGCGCGUUGUUCAGAAACGGAGGUUUCGGCACCCUGCAGCUCGAAUUACGCAUUCAUCGGCUACGAUUACGGCUACACACCGCGCACUGUGCUCUGCAUCAAAAUUUGGCAAGAGGCGCAUGCCGGUUACGGACAGGCAUGGCAUGUAUCGCAACAUAGUGAAGCGUUACAACUGCAGUCGUGGGACGGUAGAGGAUGGCGAGUCGACAAAAACUUGUACUACAAAUACUCGCUCCUUCAACGUCUUUUCUAAAUGGAAUUUCAAUUUCAUUUUGUAGUAUCUACUAAGUCUAUCUUUAAUCAUGAGAUCUGGAACUGGAUCUUCUUUUUUUUACUGGCACUCUUCUAAUUCUAGUGACGAAAUUUUCACUAAUACAUUUACAUAGUCAACUUUUAACGGCUUUUUUCACAUAUCGUCGUUUACCAGGUACAACCUGCUUCCGAACAAGUGGAACUACGAUUAUGCUCCCAUGAACACGCUGUGGCGCCUGACGGCUGAUGUGGUCAUUCCCGAGUGGCGCGUCGCGGAGAUCGAGUUUUUCAAUAACCCCUUUUGCGACACCACUGACGAGUCGGGUUUAGUACAGGUUCUGCCGAUCCAACGCGUGCCUCUUCCUGGAACUGCGUUCGACAGCAACACCGUGCUAGCAUUGAAUGACGAACAAAUCGCGUGUGCAGACUCGCAGAUUCUUAGCUCCUGUAGCGCAAAGGUGUUUGACGGGAAGAUUGAUACCUUUUGGCAGGGUAGCUGUAGGCCAAACGAGCCGUGCGAACGCGAGAGCAACUACAUCGGAAUCUUCUCGGACCUUCCCAUCGAUGUUCAAUGUUUCAAAAUCUUCCAGUCUCAAGAUCCAAGGUACAGCGUGGUGACCUUGCAUAUCUCAACGUGGGAUGGUAACGGCGGUUGGCAGAUCCCUAAUCCCUGGUCUAGUCUCUCCUCGACCAUUAGCGGAAUCCAGAAUGAUUUAGGCGGAGGGUACUCUAAAACAGCCUCAUCAAAACGUAAUUCUAAAAAUUCGAGGAUGAGUGUCAUUCUAAUGAAGCAGCAAAGGAGUCGUACAACUGCAACGAACUGCUCAUCGUGAUUCAAUUUAGCUUGCAACUACAUGGUUGCAGUUGCUGAAAUUUAGCAAGAAAGAUGCUCUGUAUGGGUAAUCAGAAUAAACUGUACAACUAGAAACACCGUCCACCAUCACAACCACAUGAACUAAUAAACGCGACAGCAUACAUACUGACACGACCAUCUUUUAAGAUCUUGGAACCGCCGACCGGCUUUCCAGUAUUCGAUGUGGAAGUUUUCGAACGGCGUGAGCACACAGCUGCAGUGGCGCGUCGUCGACGUACACAUUUAUGCUGACAUUCACUGUACGGAACGUAUGGAUGGUAUCGCGUGGCUCGCUAGUGGUUCUGAGUCCAUGGCCAACAGUGUUGUCGCUGCGAGCGAUGGUAACAACCAGACCUUCUGGGAGGCCAAAUGCCUGGGCAACACACUGGGGUGCGAUCGCUUCACUGCCUGGCUGGGCGUGCAGCGGACCUACAACCGACCCGAAAUCCUAGAGUCAAAUGUCCCGCAGUGCCUGGUUGUGGAUCAGUAUCGGGAUGCCGCGUUUCAAAGCGGAGACAUCCGCAUGGAAACGUGGAACGGCAUCAGAUGGUAGUACAUCUACAUCAUAAUUUGUAUUAAUAAAGGACGAGGUAAACGGGAGUUUGUAGCAUAUGUAAGUAAGUAUCAACAUCGAUCUUCUAUAGAAGAUGAUAGAGUUAGAGAUAGUGAUGAUACUGGCCGACUCUCAUGGCAGUGAUGACGAUUAGUUCGUUAGUUGUAAACAUUUUUAUUAAAGAAUCUACCCGAUGAUCUUCAACAGCCGCUCUUUCCGUAGUUGGUCUACAAUUACGUUUGUUGAAGUACACACGUUCAUGUUGCAUCUGCAUGAUAAUUCAUAUCCAUAUCUUCAGGUACGAUCCAAAGGCUGAAUUCACGACCGCGUCAAACGAUUAUAAGACCUACUACGCUGGAAUUGGCGGUGGCACCGGACAAGCGCGUCCCGCCUUUUCUGGAACACAGUGGAGGCUUCGCGCUUCUGAUAGUGUCGAAAUUUGGUGGGUACUGACGACUAUAGUCGCGGCUCCAAUUGAAUAUUAG